AAAGGUUCAUAGAAAUUGAUAAACUAGCCUUAGUACUCAGUAGUCAGUAACUGGUCGCUUGUCCUGGUUUUCUCUAUCUCUUCCGGUCUUCUUCCAUUUAUGUUCUUUCUCAGUCUUCUAAAUUCAAAACCAUUUUCCAAAUUCUCCCCCUCUUUAUUUGACAAACAAACUCUAUAAAAUGUAGUAGAAGUUUCAAUCUUUCUUCUGUAAACUCAUCUGUGAAAACGUCUUAAUUCUGUUAACCAAUUUUCUGCUCACCUAACCCAUUCUCAUCUACCCCUCCAACACUAUACUUUUUUUCCCCUCUUCAAAUUCGAACUUUCUUUUGAUUCCCAUUGCUAGUAAAAUUUACCCCUCUUUUACCCAAAAAAGAGUAGAUUGUCUAAUCAAGUGGGUCCAAUCCAAUUUUUCUCUGUUUUCCCACAUUUUUUUUUUCGACAAUGUCGAAGUGGGUACCUCAAAACCCCACCAAAAUCACUUCUAAUCUUUCUGGGUAUCCCAGUUUAAUCCUGUAGAUUGUAGUUUUUUAAGCAGAAUUAUGGCUCUAAAAGCUGAUUCAAUCAUUUUUGGAUGUGGGGUUUUCACAUCUCCUGAUUUGGGUACAAGGCCUUGUUUGGCUGGAUUGAGUUUUAGGAAAGAUCUUAAGAAAUUAGGGAAAUGGGAGUGUUGUUGUGGUGUUUUGGGACAAAGGGCAAUCACACCUGUUGAAGAUGAGAAGCCAUUGAACCCUAGCACAACUGUUGAGCCUCAGUUUUCUGGGGUUCAGAGAACUGAGCACACUGGUUUUCAUAGGGAUCUAAAUUCUCUUCCUAAACCAUUGUCCGCCUCUGAUCUCUCUUUGUCUCGCAAUGGUGGCUCAAAAGUCCGGGUUGCUUAUCAAGGUGUGCCAGGAUCAUAUAGUGAGGAUGCUGCUUUGAAAGCAUAUCCAAAUUGUGAGACUGUUCCUUGUGACGGAUUUGAAGCUGCUUUCAAGGCAGUUGAACUAUGGUUAGUGGAUAGAGCAGUUAUACCUAUUGAGAAUUCUGUGGCUGGUAGUAUCCACCGGAAUUAUGAUUUACUCCUCCGGCAUAGGCUGCAUAUAGUGGGCGAGGUUCAGUUAGAUGUUAACCAUUGUCUGAUGGGUGUACCUGGGAUCAGAAAAGAGGACCUUAAGCGUGUAUUAAGUCAUCCCCAGGCACUUGAUCAGUGUGAAAAGAAACUUAGCAGUUUGGGUCUUACAAGAAUCAAUACCGAUGACACAGCUGGUGCUGCACAGAUUGUAGCUUCGGAGUGUGAUAGAGAAACAGGGGCAGUGGCUAGUGCUCGUGCUGCAGCUAUAUACGGCCUUAAUAUUAUUGAAGAAAGAAUUCAGGAUGAUGAAGAUAAUAUUACCCGUUUUAUGAUACUGGCCAGAGAGCCCAUUAUUCCAGGGACAGAUAGGCCUUAUAAGACUAGCAUCGUUUUCUCUUUGGAAGAAGGUCCUGGUGUACUUUUCAAGGCUUUGGCAGCAUUUGCCCUUCGUGAUAUUAAUUUAACAAAGAUUGAGAGCAGACCACAAAGGAAGCGCCCACUUCGCAUUGUAGAUGACUCAAAUAAAGGAAGUCCUAAAUACUUUGAUUACCUUUUCUACAUUGACUUUCAAACAUCGAUGGCAGCUCCUGAAGCCCAAUUUGCUUUGGGACAUCUACAGGAGUUUGCUGGCUUUCUUCGAGUCCUUGGUAGUUAUCCCAUGGAAGGCCAAUAAAGAACCUCAUUGAUCAUUCAUGCGAGCUAGAUAAAGCUCGCAAAUUCAUUUUUCACCCGGUACAUAUGUUUCACCUCUUUCUUGAAGCCUAGCAGGAGAAUCUUCUGAGCAAGUCUCAGACUCGGACCAUUUCUUACAGCUGAAACAAGCUUUAUUUAUUUUUUCCUUGUAUUCACUCCAUUCUUUUUAUUGCUACAGAAAUACAAUAUAAAUCUCUUGUUAAAAGGGUAAUAAUCUGUCUUUUAUGUUUUUGGAGAAAAAAGGUUCGCUAGCUGCUGAUAGUGAAGUUCAAUGGGGGAGGCAAGAUUAUCACAACAUGCGAUAGUGUUGCAGUCUUUCUUUUGAUAGUCAUUGAGCUACAACUGUACAUUAUUAGUUGAUGAUCACAAUUAUAAAAGGAUUUUUUUUUUCCUCA